AUGAUAGAGAUAGAGAUGUCAAAAAGAAAAGCACUUAUAGAAAAAGACGACGACGAGUUUAAUAGUGAUGAACAAUCCGCUGAGGAAAACGGUGAUGAUGCCGUAGAUGAAAACGAAUCGGAGGAAGAGGAAGCUGAGAAGCCAAAGAGCACCGCCAAGAAGUCUGCUGCUGCACCAAAGAAGACAAAAGAAGUAGAAACCAAAUCAAAGAAGACUGCUGCCAAGACUAAAGAGCCUGCCACCACCGACAAGAAAAAGAAAACAACUGCCAAAUCAUCACCUUCCUCCUCAAAGAAAGAAAAGAUUGUAGACUUGGGAAACAAUAGAAAGGUAUCAUACUCUACCUUUACCAAAGAUCCAAGAAUCGAUAUCAGAGAGUUCUACACAAAAGAUGGUGAAUCACUUCCUGGUAAAAAAGCUUGCAAGCAUAAAUUUUGUAGGUCAACUAUUGUAUUUUUUACUUUUCUUAUUAUCGGUUUUGCAACUAGGAGUUUUAUGUUUAUGAUUUAUACUCUUGCCAAAGAUGGAGCACUUAAAUUAUCAUACUCCGAGCAGCAAUCACUUGAAUUCCUAAAGAUUCUACCAACUUUUUUCUUUUUCACAGCUUUAUCAAUAUCACUAUUUGCUUGUAUAUUGUUAUUGAAACAUAAAGUUGGAACACCAGACCUCAAAAUAGAGCUCAUUCGUAAAUUCAAAAUUUACGUUGCAAUUGGAAAUGUUCUGAUGUAUGUCAUUGCAUUGGUUCUAUCACUAUUGGAGUACCGUGAAGAUCACUCACAGGGACCCACUUUUGUCGAGGAUCCUACCAAUUCAAUAUUUGAUGUUGCACUUCAAGCCUAUGCUGCCGGCAUCUAUUUAUUUUCAGCGAUUGUCACUCUUGUUUAUCUUUUAAUUUAUCAAAUUAAGAAUAAAACAGAAUUGGAAGCCGUCGGUCAGCCAUCGGAAGAGUUUGCAAACAGCUGGCUUGGAAAGAUCGAUAGCGAUGACGAAAUCACUUUAUUACAAUUGAUAAAGUGGUGGUUCAGUUCACUGUGCCAUAGAAAUAGCUAUGAUGAAAUUCCCGAAAAGAAUUUAUCAUCAUCAACAACACCUUAUGAUAUUUCCUUAGGUUAA